CGCUUCCUCGUCGUCUCCCGUGCGGACUUUUCGAGCUGAGUUUGGGACGGGGCGCGGCGGAGGCAGCCAGGGCCAGGCCAAGCGAGGCGGCCGCACCUAACCGACGACCGCUGCGAGACAAAGCGCGGGGUCGGGGGAAGAGGGAAGACCAAGCCGAGGCGGGCCUGUUGGUGGGAAAGCCAGCGUUAAAUCGCCGUCGCCACAGCGGAGGGGGAUAAACUGCCGCCGCAGAAAUGACUACCAUUAAUACAGGAAAUGUUAAUUUCAAAUGGGACCCAAAAAGCCUGGAAAUAAGAACACUGGCAGUUGAAAGACUGCUUGAACCUCUUGUUACCCAGGUUACAACAUUGGUCAAUACAAGCAACAAAGGUCCUUCCAACAAAAAAAGAGGCCGAUCUAAAAAGGCACAUGUUCUUGCUGCAUCAGUUGAGCAAGCAACAGAGAACUUUUUGGAAAAGGGGGACAAAAUUGCGAAGGAGAGCCAGUUUCUUAAAGAAGAACUGGUAGCAGCUGUGGAAGAUGUUCGCAAACAAGGAGACUUAAUGAAGAGUGCCUCUGGAGAAUUUGCUGAUGACCCCUGUUCUUCUGUGAAACGAGGGAAUAUGGUGAGAGCAGCUCGGGCCCUCUUAUCAGCAGUUACCCGGCUACUCAUUUUGGCUGACAUGGCUGAUGUCUACAGACUACUUGUGCAACUUAAAGUUGUGGAAGAAGGCAUUCUAAAACUAAGAAAUGCUGGAACUGAACAAGAUUUAGGAAUACAGUAUAAAGCUCUUAAACCAGAAGUGGACAAGCUUAAUAUAAUGGCAGGCAAGAGACAGCAGGAACUGAAAGACAUUGGCCAUCGUGACCAGAUGGCUGCAGCCAGAGGAAUUCUUCAGAAAAACAUUCCUAUACUUUAUACCGCUUCUCAAGCUUGCCUCCAACAUCCAGAUGUAGCUGCUUAUAAAGCUAAUAGGGACUUGAUCUACAAGCAGUUGCAGCAGGCAGUCACAGGAAUCUCUAAUGCUGCCCAAGCAACAGCUUCCGAAGAUUCUGCCCAGCAUCAGAGUGGGGGUGGAGAGUUGGCUUAUGCACUUAAUAACUUUGAUAAACAAAUUAUUGUAGAUCCAUUGAACUUCAGCGAAGAGCGUUUUAGGCCAUCCUUAGAAGAGCGCCUGGAGAGCAUCAUUAGUGGUGCAGCCCUAAUGGCUGACUCAUCCUGCACACGUGAUGACCGACGGGAACGCAUAGUGGCAGAGUGUAAUGCAGUGCGACAAGCCUUGCAAGAUCUGCUUUCGGAAUACAUGGGAAAUGCUGGACGCAAAGAAAGAAGUGAUGCCCUAAACUUGGCAAUAGACAAAAUGACAAAAAAGACAAGAGAUUUGCGCAGACAGCUCCGUAAAGCAGUUAUGGACCAUGUUUCAGAUUCUUUUCUGGAAACAAAUGUGCCACUCCUUGUUUUGAUUGAAGCUGCUAAAAAUGGAAAUGAGAAAGAAGUUAAGGAAUACGCACAGGUUUUCCGUGAACAUGCCAACAAGCUGAUUGAGGUUGCCAACUUGGCCUGUUCUAUCUCAAAUAAUGAAGAAGGUGUAAAAUUGGUUCACAUGUCAGCAAGUCAGCUUGAAGCACUUUGUCCUCAGGUAAUUAAUGCAGCAUUGGCUUUGGCUGCCAAGCCACAAAGUAAACUGGCUCAAGAGAACAUGGAGAUGUUUAAAGAGCAGUGGGAAAAGCAAGUGCGUGUGUUAACAGAUGCUGUGGAUGACAUCACUUCCAUUGAUGAUUUUCUGGCAGUAUCAGAAAAUCAUAUUCUAGAAGAUGUAAAUAAAUGUGUCAUUGCUCUCCAAGAAAAAGAUGUUGAUGGUUUAGAUCGCACUGCGGGUGCAAUCCGUGGACGUGCAGCAAGAGUAAUACAUGUUGUCACUUCUGAAAUGGAUAAUUAUGAACCUGGAGUGUAUACAGAAAAGGUUUUGGAAGCAACAAAACUGCUGUCAAACACAGUUAUGCCACGUUUUACUGAACAAGUAGAAGCUGCGGUAGAAGCAUUAAGUUCUGACCCUGCUCAGCCAAUGGAUGAAAAUGAAUUUAUUGAUGCUUCACGACUAGUAUAUGAUGGAAUUCGUGAUAUCAGAAAAGCAGUACUGAUGAUCAGAACACCCGAAGAACUUGAUGAUUCUGACUUUGAGACAGAAGAUUUUGAUGUCAGAAGCCGAACAAGUGUUCAAACUGAAGAUGAUCAACUUAUUCACGGUCAUAGUGCAAGAGCCAUCAUGGCUCAACUCCCUCAAGAACAAAAAGCCAAAAUUGCUGAACAAGUUGCCAGCUUCCAAGAAGAAAAGAGUAAAUUGGAUGCUGAAGUAUCCAAAUGGGAUGACAGCGGUAAUGAUAUUAUUGUUCUGGCAAAACAAAUGUGCAUGAUUAUGAUGGAGAUGACGGAUUUCACCAGGGGUAAAGGACCUCUAAAAAAUACAUCGGAUGUCAUCAGUGCAGCAAAGAAAAUUGCAGAAGCGGGGUCAAGAAUGGAUAAACUAGGGCGGACAAUUGCUGAUCAUUGCCCAGACUCUGCUUGCAAACAAGAUCUGCUAGCCUAUCUGCAGCGUAUUGCUUUAUACUGUCACCAGCUGAACAUUUGUAGCAAAGUGAAGGCAGAAGUUCAGAACCUUGGAGGAGAGCUUGUGGUAUCUGGGGUGGAUAGUGCCAUGUCACUGAUCCAGGCUGCCAAGAAUCUGAUGAAUGCUGUGGUGCAAACCGUAAAGGCUUCCUACGUGGCCUCCACUAAAUACCAGAAGUCUCAAGGGAUGGCUUCUCUGAACCUUCCUGCUGUGUCCUGGAAAAUGAAAGCUCCCGAAAAGAAGCCUCUAGUCAAGCGAGAGAAACAAGAUGAGACCCAGACCAAAAUCAAGCGAGCUUCCCAGAAGAAACAUGUUAACCCAGUGCAAGCACUCAGUGAAUUCAAAGCAAUGGAGAACAUUUAAUUUGUCAGUUUCCUUCCCUUCCCUUCAGAAUUUCUGCCAUUUUGAAUUAUGUUAAAGUUUAUUUACCUAAUAUUAUGACGAAAUCAUUUAGAGUAAAAAGAAAUAAACAGAGUUAGGAAGCACGACAGUUCAACUUUCAAUCUGCAAGCAUGAUAGUGUUAUAUGGAAAUGCUGUCUAGAAAUAUUUCUGUGAUAUUUCUAGCUCCUGUUUUGCAUAAAUAAGCCCUGCUUUAAAUCUGUUCUAUAACCAAAGAUAAAUUCACAGUAACAAUCAUCCUUCACAUAGCUGGAUCAUGUCAUUCUAUGAGGGGAAAAUUGAGCCGUCUCGGUGUGAACGGGAAUUGAACAUGUGGUUUUAAAAAAAAAAGUAUAUAUAUGCUGGGUGGAUAAAGAUCAAUUUUGCUAUGCUUAAUAAUUGGGAAAGUGGAAGCGCUAAUUGCUACUUAGAACACUAAGGCAACAAUAGAGGAUGAGUUUGAAGGAGUAAUAUACUGUAGCAUUCUUUCUAAUUUAAGUAGGCAUUGACUUUUUUCCAGCCUGAACACAUUGAUGCAUUUAUUCUAAGUAACACUUGAGGGAAUACACAUUAGGAGUAGAUAAUAGUGAGUGACAAGUUGUAGCCAACCCAGCAUUUCCAAGGUAGUUUUCCUUGGGUCUCGGGAACAGAAGUCAUUAUAAAAGGAACUUGAUGCAUAUUGUGCAAUGUAUUAGAACACAAACUUUUUACUUAUUUUUGGGAUGUGAUAAUGUCAAUGCUUGGUUACAGAUUACUGAUAUUCUUUAUCACAAGACUAAUAAAAAAAAUUUCUUGCUACCAGUGGGUGCUGUAAAUGUUGCCUGUUUUCCCUCGGCAUUCAAAUGCAAAUCCAUCACUGUGUUCUUGUAAUAAUUGCUAGUCAUUUUCCUUUGAGCUUAAAAAGAAACUUAGCAAAUAAUGUUUAUUCAGGCUGCAGCCUAGGUAUGUCAUAAUGAGAGCUUCAUGGCAUAAUUUUGCUAUUUUAAAUUUUUUAUGGAUUUCUGUUUUUAUAUCUUUUCCAAUAAAGUAUAAAAACCCGU